AUGACUAGGGUAUUCCCAAGAGAGCCUCUACCUGUGGUACCUCCACCUCCAGCGCCAUCAGUUAUUCCUGUUGAGGUUCCACCAACCGCCACACUUGAUAUUCCACCACUUACUCUAGGGGCUAGCACUUCUGCACAGCCUACUACUGCCCCUCGUUCGUCUAUUGUGCUAGACCUUGAGGAAUAUAGUGAUUAA